AUGCCGAGGGGAUUCCUCGUGAAGCGAACUAAACGCUCGGGCAGCUCCUACCGCACGCGCCCGGCCGAACCGCUUUUCCCACCUCCGGGUCCCCUCGCGGCGCCACCCUCGCCGGAGGAGCCCGAUCCAGGGCUAUUGGGGUCCCCCUGCCUCGCACCUCCGCAGGACAGCGCCGAGUGGGGCGCGGGAGGCGGCGACGGCCCCGGACCCAGCCCCGCGAGGCCGGCGGGCCCCGAGCUGCGCCGCGCGUUCCUGGAGCGCUGCCUGCGCUCGCCGGUCUCCGCGGAGUCCUUUCCCAGCGCCACCGCCUUCUGCUCCGCGGCGCCUGCGGCCGCGACCUCGGGCGAGCAGUUGGUGCCGCCGCGGGUCCCCGUAUCCGUCCCAGUCCCCGUCCCCGUCCCCGUUCCCGCCCCGCAUGGCCUCCAGCGCCGCGGUAAGGGUGCCCCAGGCUGCCCCUCAGCGCCCGCAGCCGUCAGGAAACCUAAGGCUGUGAGGCGGCUGAGCUUCGCAGAUGAGGUGACAACGUCCCCGGUGCUGGGUCUGAAGAUCAAAGAGGAGGAGCCCGGGGCGCCAGCACGGGCUCUGGGCGGCGUCCGCACACCGCUGGGGGAGUUCAUCUGCCAGCUGUGCAAGCAGCAGUACGCGGACCCCUUCGCGCUGGCUCAGCACCGCUGCUCCCGCAUCGUGCGCGUCGAGUACCGCUGUCCCGAGUGCGACAAGGUCUUCAGCUGUCCUGCGAACCUCGCCUCCCACCGCCGCUGGCACAAGCCACGUCCCACGCCCGCCUGCACCGCGAGUAAACCUCCCCACGCGCCGCUGACCCCUCCGGACCCUUCCCUGGCGGCGGGCAAGGAGAACGGCUGCCUGCCGCGAACCGACGAUCAGCACCCGCAGGCUCGGGACAGCUCCGGGGACGGUCAGCACCGGGACAGCGCCGCGCUCCCGGGCCUACAGGCUCUAGUGCACCCGGAGGCCGCGCGACCCCAGGCUCCCUACUCCGAGGUGAUUCUAGGGCGCCACGGGCCCAGGCCGAGCGGUGCCAGCACAGGAGCGACAUCGGAGGUCUUCGUGUGCCCGUAUUGUCACAAAAAGUUCCGUCGCCAAGCCUAUCUGCGCAAGCACCUAGGCACCCAUGAGACCGGCUCGGCCCGUGCAACAACCCCGGGUUUUGGCUCGGAGCGCACGGCCCCACUCACCUUUGCGUGCCCGCUUUGCGGGGCGCACUUCCCGUCUGCGGAUAUCCGAGAGAAGCACCGGCUAUGGCACGCUGUCCGCGAGGAGCUGCUACUGCCCGCCUUGGUCGGGGCACCUACGGAAGCGGGCCCCGGAGGAGCAUCCGAGGGUAGCGCUCAGCAGAUUUUCUCCUGCAAGUACUGCCCCUCCACUUUUUUUAGCUCCCCCGGCUUGACCCGGCACAUCAAUAAGUGCCACCCCUCAGAAAGCCGGCAAGUGCUGCUGCUGCAGAUGCCACUGAGGCCUGGCUGUUGAGGAUCAAGGCCUGUUGAAAUUUCGAGAAUGGCUUGGAGAAAACAAUACGGGGGAACUCCUGUGGGGCUUUCUUCAUCUUGCAAUUUCCAGUUUC